AUGUCUGCAGACAAAGACAAAGAGCAGUUUGGAGAACCUUCUGUGAGGAAAUCGAAGAUUUCCAGCAGGCUUCCAGGCUACAAAACGCUCUCAAAGGACCCACAUCGGCAUGUCGGUAUACUAACGAAGGAAGAUGGGAACAAAAUUUCCAACCUUCGCGAAAGUGCUGAGUUCCUGAUGAAAACACACUUUCCCGAUUCUAGUGGUCUCACAGCACCAAACCGGAUGGAAGAAACAAUCAUACCCUCAACAAACGACUGGCAUCUCGCCAGAACAAUCAUUAAUGAGAAAAAGGAUGACUACACCCUACCAAAGGCUUUCCGACCAAUUAGCCUAACAUCCUUUCUGUUGAAAACGAUGGAGAGGCUAUGCGAGAGGUAUAUAAGGAUGAAAGUUAUGGUUCAUAACCCACUUCACCCAAAUCAACAUGCAUAUACUUCGGGAAGAUCUACCGAUUCUGCACUGCAUCAUGUAGUGGGCAAGAAUGAAAGAUCGCUGGAUAAUAAAGAAUCCACCCUAGGUUUAUUCAUAGACAUUGAAGGAGCAUUUGAUGAAACCACAUUCCCAACUAUCACCCAACAGCUCAACAUUAGGAAUCGAGAAGCUAAAGAGAGUAAUACUAAAAGGGCUUUCUGCACAGAGAUAAUUCCAAACGAAUUAAAAGAAAAGAACGUUAAUGCUACAAGAGUCAGCAAUAUGACAUUAAAAGAAAGGAAAAAGGUCUUGCAUUAUUUCAUAGUCACCCUCAAAGAGGAAGACGUAACUAAAAUAAAAAGCAUUACAAAUCUGUGCUAUAUGAGGAUACAUUUUGAAGACGAAUUCAAAAUGUCAAAAGAUACCCUACAGUGCUUCAACUGCAAGGGGUACUACCAUAACUCUAAGGCUUGCCACUGCACCUCUAGAUACGUAAAGUGUGGAGAAAACCACCUUAGUAAUGAGAGUAAGAAGCGUAAAAAAACGGCUCCAAGGCACCGAAAAAGAAGACCUCUGCCCCCGCAAAACCGGCGGAAAUGGCACGAAAAUGCUAGCGAACCGAACGGAAGAUCUGUGCAUAGGGUCCUGGAAUUCCGGCAGAAUUUUCAAAAAAUCAACCUUUUGGACGAAAUAAUAAAAAAUAGAUUAGAGUCCGAUAUCGUUGCCCUUCAAGAAACCAAAUUAGUGGAAAGAAAGAACACUAAAUUUCUAGGCUACGAUAUCUAUAGAACGGAUCACAGAACUAUAUCAGGAGGAACAGCCAUACUAGUUAAAAAAGGAAUAGAACAUGAACAUAUCCCAACAUUAAAUGGACUGGUUACAAUGGAAGCCACACUAGUAAGACUCAAGGCCAACAACGAAAUACUAAAAAUAGUAUCAGCUUACGUCAGAUCUAAUGAUCCGAUAUUCGACGAAGAAUUGCGCCCAAUCCUCAACACAGAAGAGCCUACAAUACUUAUAGGGGACCUGAAUGCGAAAUCUCCCAACUGGUUCGAUAGAGCAACCAACAACAACGUAAGACGACUUUGCGGCCAUCCCGAAAACAGACCUAACGAUUCGACGCACAAUCUAAUCGUCCUGAUCCUGGGCGCAAUAAAAUUAAACUAUUCGCAGUCCACAACAAAAAGAAGACAAGUUGGCCAAACUUCAGAAGAAUAUAUUAUACCCAGAGUAGGGAUAAUACACACAUCACCCGAAAAAAUAAAAGAACUAAUAAAGCUGACAAACGCCAAAAAAGCCCCAGGACCAGAUCACGUCACAAACAAAGCACUAAAAAAUCUACCUAUAAAAGCUAUUGUUUACAUUACCAACAUUAUAAACAACAUCUCAUGCUAA